AUGGCGCUUGCGGGUUUAGGGAAGUUGAAUCUGGAGGAGGCUCCUCCGAUCUGCGGAUCUCGUAGCAUUGAUUGCUUCCAGAAGCUUAAACUCAUUCGCCAUGGCACUUUCGGUGAAGUUUACAUGGCUAAAGAAAUCGAAACUGGUGAAAUCGUUGCUCUCAAAAAGAUCCGUAUGAACGAUGAAAUGGAAGGGUUUCCUGUAACAGCGAUUAGGGAGAUCAAGAUCCUGAAGAACCUACAUCAUGAAAACGUUAUCGUUUUGAAAGAGGUCGUGUAUUCACCAGUUCCAGACAAGGAUGAUCAAAGAGCAAAUGUCAUCAAUUUGAAAGAGGUUGUGUAUUCACCAGUUCCAGAGAGGGAUGAUCAAGAAAAGCUAGUCUCUGUAGAUGAUAACAAGUACAAGGGAGAAAUCUAUAUGGUUUUUGAGUACAUGGAACAUGACUUGGCUGGACUUGCUUAUCGUCCUGGAACUAGAUUCACAGCUCCUCAGAUCAAGUGUUGCAUGAAGCAACUCCUCACUGGGCUUCACUAUUGUCAUGUGAGAAAAGUGCUUCACCGUGAUAUUAAAGGUUCAAGUCUCCUUAUUGACAAGAAGGGAAACUUAAAGCUGGCGGAUUUUACACUUGCACGGACUCUGUCCCUUGAGUUUCCUGGAACUUUGACAAACCAGGUCACCACUUUGUGGUAUAGGGCCCCUGAGUUGCUACUUGGUGCUACUGAAUAUGGUCCAGCGGUUGACAUAUGGUCAGUUGGUUGCGUGUUGGCUGAACUUUUGAAUGGAGAACCAAUCUUGCCUGGAAAAACUGAGAUUGACCAGGUGAAGAAGAUAUAUGAGCUUUGUGGAUCACCUGAUGGAAACAAUUGGCCUGGGGUUUCCGAGAUGCCUUUGUAUAAACGAUCUGAACCAGCACUGCCUCUGCAGAGACGCGUAAUAGAGACAUACUGGCACUUUGAUGCUCAUGCUCUUGAACUGCUGGAGUGUAUGUUGGUGCUGGACCCGUCUAAGAGAAUAUCCGCAAAAGAUGCUCUUGACUCUGAUUACUUUUGGAGUGAGCCAUUACCGUGUGAACCAAAGAGACUACUGACUUCAUAUAAAUCAUCACAUGAGGUCCAGACCAAGAAAAAGCGGAAGUCGAUGGCUCGUAAAGCAGCCAGGUUUUGAGGUGCAGGAGAUAGUUGAAGAAGAUGAGGAAGGACACUAAAGUUUGUUUGAGAUGUAGAUAAUAUUACUGAAGGAUAUUUCUUUGGAGACGUUAUGAUAGAUAAUCUGCGUUGAUUGAUGUAUAGUCUUAAGAUCCGGUUUUGUAUGCUGGUGGACAAACGAAACUAAACCGAACUAUAAACCGGAUUUUCCAACUUAAAAACUAAAUUUUUUAUCGGUGAACGAGAAAAGCGAACCGGUCACGAGAACGAGAAUUUAGUUUUUACCGGUUUGUGUGUCGGUUUAAUGCAAAAACGAUUUAAACCAAUGAAUUAACCCCGAUAAGGG